GCGCUGAUCUGCCGCCUGCUGCUUCAUGUCGAUGAGGCUUUACACAGACACAACCUGCCGCUGAAUCGGGACUUUUUUUGCGUCUGAACGACUUCGUGUCCGUGUAAUGUCGCCGAUGAGGACGCGCAGCUGAAUGUGAAUCUUGUGGAUCGAGCCGGUAGUUGGAGAGGAGGUGAACGCACCUUGCAUCCAGCCAUGGGAGGUCAGAUCACCAGGAAUACCUUCUACGAUUCUCUGAACGGGCCAUUUCCCGCCACAUCUCACCGAUGCCACCACAAGCCCAAACGCUGCCUGCCCAUUCAACCAUGUGGAAGUUUGUCCUCCUUCCCUCUGCUCUUCCACCCCAGCACCAAAGGCUCGCAGAUCGUCAUGGACAUGUCCCAGAGGACCGUCAAGAGACAGGCCAGCUUCUGUAAUGCCAUCACCUUCAGCAACAGACCGACCGCUGUGUAUGAGCAAGUUCGGCUGAAGAUCACUAAAAAGCAGUGCUGCUGGAGCGGUGCUCUGCGUCUUGGCUUUACAUCCAAAGACCCAUCAAGGAUCAACCCAGACACUCUCCCGAAGUACGCCUGCCCCGACCUCGUCUCCCAGAGCGGCUUCUGGGCAAAAGCCUUGCCAGAGGAGCUCUCCAACGAGGGAAACGUCAUCGCCUUCUGGGUGGACAAGAAGGGCCGGGUGUUUUACCGCAUCAAUGACUCCAGCCCAAUGCUGUUCUUCAGCGGGGUGCAAGUCUCGGAGCCUCUGUGGGCUCUCAUAGACGUCUACGGCCUCACCAGGGGGGUCCAGCUGCUCGACAGCGAGAUGGUCCCCCUGGACUGCCUGCGUCCUCGUUCUUUUGCUGCCGCCCACCGGGCUUCCAUUCAGAGAAACGGUGAUGACCCUCGCCUUUCCAUCAGCCUGUGUGACCUGAGCCUGCAGCAGCAGGAGACGCAGCUGGAGGAAGAUGAUGAGGAAGAAGAACGGCUACAGCGCUUGAGCUCCGCCUCCUGCCAUGUUCCCCAAAACUCUCAAAACUCACAGCAGUGCUCACUGCUGCCGAGCCAUCUGGACAACGACCUGCACUUCCACUCGGUGCACGGCGUCCAUGUUACUGUGCUGGAUAAGCACACGGUGGCGCGGCUGGAUCACCGCAGUGACGAGAGGACCCUGGUGUUCACCAGCCGGCCGACGCGCUGCUCAGAGACUGUGUUUGUGAAGGUUAAGGCUGGUGUCACGCGGCCUGGGUCUCUCUCUUAUGGUGUGACGUCAUGUGACCCGGCCAGCCUGAGGCCCAGUGACCUCCCAUCCAACCCUGAGUCCUUGGUUGACCGCAAGGAAUUCUGGGCCGUGUGCCGGGUGGCGGUGCCGCUCCACAGUGGAGAUAUUUUGGGGUUUGUGGUGAACGCAGAAGGGGAGUUCAUGAUGAGCCAUAACGGCAUCAGUGCAGGGAUGCAGCUGUGUGUCGAUAACUCCAGGCCACUCUGGAUGUUCUACGGUCUGCACGGCACCAUCACACAACUCAGGAUCUUAGGCUCAUCUCCGCACCCUGACGUCCGAGGACCAUCGGUCCCCAGCUCUCCGUCCUGUACACCCAACACCCCCACAAUGCUUUGCAGUGGCAACUCAGAACCCAACCUCAACACACCCAUGAACAUCAACCUCAACUCCAGCUACUACACCGUCUUCUCCUCCUCCGCAGGUACAACCCCGAGUUCUCCAUUCUCCAGCCACCCAGAAUCCCCCACCUUCCCGUCCUGCUCGGGCACGUGGGGCGACGAAUGCACCAUUUGCUACGAGAAUGUGGUGGACACGGUCCUCUACGCCUGCGGACACAUGUGUCUCUGCUACGCCUGUGGCCUAAAACUCAAAAAGAUGGCCAACGCAUGCUGCCCCAUCUGCAGGAGGACGAUCAAAGACAUCAUCAAGACCUACCGCAGCACGUAGGCUUUUGUUAGACGGUGUGUCACAUCGUCAGGUUCAGCUCAAGAGGUUCUCAAAGCCAUGUAAGACUUAGUAAAGAUGGACGCAGCACAAAUGCUUGUUUGUGUGUGCAAUCUGGCUCAGGUACUCUACAGCAGGACUUUUAAACCCAUCAUUAAAACAUUUUAUCUGUGUUAUGUUUAAUGCACAUCCUUGGAAAGCUCACAGUACUGCCCAUGAGCUUCAUCAUACAGUGUGAUCAACAGAAACAGUUCGUGCUGCUGCAGGAACGUGACCUACUAUUGUCCAGUGACUCUGUGAUUUGUGCAUCUGUUGAAGAGAAAGAGUAAUCUGAAGAGGCAUGUGUCCUACUUCCUGCAGAGUAACCCUUCGUUCUGCUGGUGAUAGCGUUGCUGCUAGCUAGUUUUACAAGAAAUUGUCCAGAGCUGCGGAAGAAACAUGGAGAAUAAAUAUGUGGUUUCACCAGCUGCUCCUCUACUGUUUGUCAGAGUGCAUCGGGUCUAAACGUGUUGUUUUAGAGUAAGAAUUGAAUCUCUACUAAAUCUUAAAAAUCAUAGCAAGGUUGUUUUAUUUGACAUUUCCUGAAUGCAUCCAGAAGCCACUGAGAAUGACUAAGCUUUUCUAAAAUAAGCCAUUUUUUGAAUGCACAGAAAAAAAAAAUACUCCUCCUGCAAUAAAACACAAAGAAAUGCCUAAAUCUAAAGGGUACAGAAUAAACAAAUGAAGUGUUUUGUCGGAUAUCUCACUUCCAGCUGUGCUUCUGUGAAUUUCAGGGCAGAAUGUGCGAAGGGUAAAAAAAAAAAAGUGUGAGUGUUGUCACCAUAGAAGGUCACGCUCGCAGUGAAUGAGGAUGUAAAUCAGUGAGGAGGGAAGAGGCAGGAGAGAGGAUGUUGUAUGUUUGGGACAAAGACAGCGGAGGAAGGGGCACCUUUUUGGUGUCUGCACAUCGUUUUGGCGCAAAGAAAGUCUUAGCUGACUCAGGCACACCCCAUACAUCAGAUGUUUGUAUGAAAAGCCUGUAAAAUGUGGGACUUGCAUGAGUUGCAUGUCCUCGGCGGCCGCCCCCGCCAUCUCAGUAAGCCGGGUGGAUGCUGUGAUUGGACAAAAAUCAUCCAAAUAAACACUGGUGGGUAGUGAGGUUUUCUUUAAAAUGCUGAAUGAGCACAUAAGGAUGACGAAUCAACCUCUUCAUCACUGCGAGAAACAUGUUAACCCACUAUAAGUCAGAGACGCUUACUUCAGGUUACACAUUUCUCUUUCAUGUGUACAUUAAAAUAAAAAAUAUUUGCUUUCCGUGACGUAUUUCAGCGAUCCGCCUUCAAGUGAAAAAAAAAAAAUCACACGAGUGCAGUCAGUAACAAGGAUGUAGCUUGUUGUUGUGGGACAUUGUGAGAAUUUAAUUUGCAUAUCAGUUUCUAAGUGCUGCUCUCUCGUCCGUAAAAGCAAACUCCAAGGACAUUUUCACUCAACUAAUCUCAUGCAUUAUGUACUGCUUUGAAUUGUUAAGAAAUACAAGCUAUUUUCAGGUGUUAUUUUGGCCUCGCUGAGACAUUACUCGGUAAUUUGUAAAGUGCUGAUUUGUUGUCUUUUCAAGGAGCUUGUCAUCUCGCCACUGUGGGGGGAAAAUGUUAUAUAACAUUUGAGUCACGGUUAAGUUUUUUUGAGUGCCUUUAAAGAGAGAAGCCUGGGCUAACUUUCGGUCUAUCGGGCUCCUCACCGUGAAAACCAGGAGGUUGAUACACUGUAAAAUCUGACAAGUUCAUCUUACUUACAAUGAUCUUAAAAAACGGUCGCCUUGAAAAAGGAAAGUAAAUAUAACUAUUAAUCCUACUAUAUAUUUACCCUUUAUUUUAUUGUUAAGUUUACAUAAAACGUGGCUGUAUUUACUUAAUUUUGUGAACUCGUUGCACUUUAAAAAUGACAAGAAUCACCUUGCCCUAAGUGUCAGCAACUUCACCAAAACACAAAUACGACUCACUAGUUUGCAACCAGCAGAAUAAAGAUAUAUAGCUCAGAAAACUUGGAUUACAGAAGUUGCUAAAACGUAGAAAGACCCAUUUAAUUAAACUUGUCAUUUUUUAGUUGCAGAAACUUCACAAAAUUAAGCAAAUAUACCUAAAUCAUAAGUAAACUUAACCAUUAAAUAUAAAGUAAACAUAAAUUAAGAAUAAUAAUUAAAUUAUAUAUUUACUUUUUUCAUGGAAAUCAGAUUCCUAGAUUUGUUUAAAAGUAAAAUCAACUUGUCAGAUUGUGCAGUGUAUUCAUCUUAAAGUCACUCUGACAUGGUUGUGAUGUGAGCAGGUGUAACCACACAACCUACCAAUACAAACAUUUCAGUUUGCUUAAUAUCAGUGCGAGUUUAUACACUGCUAAAAAUGUUUAAAUAUCGCCUUGUCCCCUCUGUCACUGCAUUAUACUGGAAUUUCGUUGUGUUUUAGACGCUCAGCUUUUUACAUUUCUACCUGUUUGUUUUUUUCUUCCUGACCAAAUACGACCUAGCAGAAAUAAAACGUUUGUGAAACAUUUUUGAUAGAAAAAACGUAUUGAUGAGUGUAAUAUUAACUGUACAUUAUGAGGUUUAUUUAUUUUGUCAAUGCUACUCUAAAGAAUUAUCACUGUUUGUUUUAUAUGUAUGGCUAUAGUGUCCAAAAGUAAAAAUAUUGUUUAUUUUAUUGUUGCAUAGUUAAAGAUUAUAGAAAACUUUUGUAUCCCCUGAAAGUCUCUGUGGAUCUGUCUGCUGAUUUUCACUUAAAGGAAUAGUUUGACAUUUUGGGAAAAUAUGAAUAUUAUAGAUAAUAAGAUCAAUGUCACCAUCCAGUGGUGAAAUACAUGACUAAUUACAUCUACUUAAGUGUUUACUUUAUACUUCCAAUCUGCAAGGUAUUUUUUUACUCUACAACAUUCAUCUGACAACUGUAGUUAUUUUUGCAGAUUAAAAUUGUACACAUAAUGUAUAUAAUCUUAUGUGUACUUGUAGUUAUAGAAUAAAAAGUACCCAAAAGAAUAAAGUGGUUUGAAUGCUACCACACUGAAAUGCUGUCAGCUCUAGUAAAAAUUAUGACUGUACAUAAUAAUAUACAUGUUAAUAUUACACUGAUAGUAGUACUUUUACUUUUGAUACUCCAGAUCAAACAAAUGCAUUUUGUCUAUAGUACUUCUGUACUUUCACUAGCGCAACAUUUUGGACUUUUUACAUGGUACAUAUUGGAGUAUUUCAACAUUGUGGCAUCAACACACUACUAUUAUUGUACUGUGUGGCUAUAAUCCCAUAUUUUUAUUAAUUUAAUAUAAAAACUGAAACAAUGUGAAACAUGUCAUUAGUGAUGAGCCUGCGGAGAAUUAACACCCGAAUCUGCAGCUCCCCUAAACUACAACCAGCAGACAGACACAGUUAGUGACCAGCUGGUGAACAUAAUGCAGCACGCGCUUGGUCUCCUGUGCAGCCCCUUACCUUCUGUGAUUGGAUGGCUGGUUAAAAAGUGAGUGAAAAUCCAGUAUUUCACCUGAAGGUUUAACAUUUUGCAACUCUCAGCCAUAAAAAAAAAACAAAAAAAAAAAAAAACGGCAGCGCUCACUCAGACUCAGCCCCUCUUCAGACUGUUGUCGAUUGUAGCGUACACGACGCUGCCACUGACAAUCAUUUUAAAAAUAUGCUGGCCUCUGGAAAAAAAUGCCUCUGUUGACAAGGCCUCUGAGGCAGCUGUAGACCCAGAUAUUUCCUCCAGGAGUUGGUGGAGACCAAAAACAGAGCUUACAUAUGAAGCUAAAGCCAGCAGCUAAACAUGCGGGACACAGCUAGCCUGACUGUCCAAUGGUGACAAAGUCCACCUACCAGCACUAAAAGCUCAAAACCAGUAGCCUAACUUCCUGGAGUCUCUGUUGACUCCUGCCUGAAAAAUAGUCUGACCAAAUCUGGCUCAUUACCGCCUGUUAAAUGGCAAUGUCAUUUUUAUACAGUUUUGAAUGAGCAAAAUAUAAGGUAUAAAUUACUGAGCGUUGGAGGUGCUUGUAGGCAGCUUUCUUUACAUUUGAACGGAGCCAGACAAACUGUUUUUAGCCUUUAUGCUAAGCUAACUGUAUGCUAACUGUGGCCAAUGUUUUUGUGCCAAUAUCUCCAGAAAGCAAACUAACAAACUGGAACAUCAUAUAUAAAAACAGAGGAGGCUACUAUAGCCUAGAAUAAAAAUAAAAUCAAAUAUUUCACAAAACAUACAGUAAAACUUAAUAUCAGUAAUUUAGAGAAAUGUGCAGUAAAACUAUCAAACAAUGGACCAUGAUAAUCAUAAUUUUAAUUACUCCACCUGCCAAGCAUUGGAUAUGAUAUAUGCAAUGUAUGGCAGGUGGAUGAACUAAAGUGAUGAUUUAUGAGUUAUAGAUGGUUAAAGUCACUAUUUCAAGACUUCAGGAUGGCCUGGGGGAAUCUUUUUUAUCUAUUUCUUUGCCUAAAAGCAAAUAAGCCUAUUUCCCAAGAUGUCAAACAUUUCCUUAAAUGUCAUAUACUUAAUUAUGCUGUUAAAAGGGAAUAAAAUGUGUAAAGUUGGCAAACUC